GCCAGGCUGGUCUUGAUCUCCUGGCCUGGUGAUCCACCUGCCUCGGCCUCCCAAAGUGCUAGGAUUACAGGCGUGAGCCACCGUGCCCGGCCCUUUGCAGCUUUUCAAACCUUCUCUCAGACAACGAGAGUGACAUGGUUGGAAAAGCAUCAGCCUUGGGAUUAAGCAGCACUGGGUUCGAGUCACUGCCCUGUCACUCACUCUCUCAACAACCCUGGACAGAUCACUUCUGCAAGGGUCCCCAGCUCCUCUGUAGAGUCGGGUGGGGCUGUGGGGGAAGGUCAGAGGGAGCCUGCAUGGACCCCGGGUGCCCGCCCGCAGGGACCUCUGACUCCUUCUUCUUCCUGUGCUGAGUAUCUCUGUCCCCAGUCCCAUGAUGAUGGCUCUUUCUUACGUCUGCCACCAGCAACAUGAAGCUGCACUGCAAGAGGGAGAAGCCACUCCAGCCCGUGGCAUGGUAAGGAGACUGGCAUUUCCCCUUUUGUGGCCUUGAGGGUGGUGGCUCCCCUCCACCACUGGUCCUUCUUGGUUGCAGGUCACAGUACCCCCAGCCCAAGCUGCUGGAGCACAGGUGGAUAAUAGUACCUAGCUCCCUGGAGGUUGGAGGAGCAGAUGAGAGGUACUGUAACAUCUGCGGUGUCUGCACUCAGUAGGUGCUCGGGCCAUUGUUCUUAACAAUGUUGUCUUGCCCUUUUUAAUGACCCUCACUUAUUAGGGGCUCGGCACACAUGGACAAUGCCAGGCUCCUCCUUGGUGUGCGUUAACUCCUGCUCUUCCCAACGCUGCUGAGAGGUGACGGUCAUUAUUCCCACCUUCCAUGUGAGGAAAGGGAGGCCCAGAGAUGGGGACGAAGCUGCCCCGGUCACACUGUGAGAGCCAGGGCCGGGAGGAGACUUAGGCUUUCACAGGGGAGGGUCUCAGUGCCCACGGCCCCCCUGCUGCCAGGCCCACACAGCUGCUGACACUCACACCCUGGUUAGCGCCCAUCGUCUCCGAGGGAACCUUCAACCCAGAGCUUCUGCAGCACAUCUACCAGCCACUGAACCUGACCAUUGGGGUCACGGCGUUUGCCGUGGGGAAGUACACUCACUUCAUCCAGUCCUUCCUGGAGUCAGCCGAGGAGUUCUUCAUGCGUGGGUACCGGGUGCACUACUACAUCUUCACUGACAAUCCUGCAGCCGUUCCCGGGGUCCCACUGGGUCCCCACCGGCUCCUCAGCACCAUCCCCAUCCAGGGUCACUCCAACUGGGAAGAGACAUGCAUGCGCCGGAUGGAGACCAUCAGCCAGCACAUUGCUAAGAGGGCUCACCGGGAGGUGGACUACCUCUUCUGCCUUGAUGUGGACAUGGUGUUUCGGAACCCGUGGGGCCCUGAGACCUUGGGAGACCUGGUGGCUGCCAUUCACCCAAGCUACUACGCCACACCCCGCCAGCAGUUUCCCUACGAGCGCAGGCGUGUUUCCACUGCCUUUGUGGCAGACAGCGAAGGGGACUUCUAUUAUGGUGGGAAAGUCUUCCGGGGGCAGGUGGCCAGGGUAUAUGAGUUUACCAGGGGCUGCCACAUGGCCAUCCUGGCAGACAAGGCCAAUGGCAUCAUGGCAGCCUGGCGGGAGGAAAGCCACCUGAAUCGUCGCUUCAUCUCAAACAAGCCGUCCAAGGUGCUGUCCCCCGAGUACCUCUGGGAUGACAGGAAGCCCCAGCCGCCCAGCCUGAAGCUGAUCCGCUUUUCUACACUGGACAAGGAUAUCAGCUCCUGAGGAGCUGAUCACGGAGCUGGGGCUGCCAUGGAUGGGGAUCCAAAGCCCUGCAGCCACCAGCACUUCACUAGUGUGCAGACCAGCCCUGUCCCACCUCCCUCUGUCAGUCAGGCAAAUUCAGCUGGAAAAGGGAUGUGGAAAGGCCACUGUGAACUGCAGAGGGCUGUGCACACAGUAGCACACAAGAUCUCACAGUAAUGUGGCACAGGAACGGUGAGACGGGGGAGGGGAGGCGCAGUUACAAAGGCAGGGCCCGGCAGGCUUGCUGCGUUCUGCAGCCGUGCCUUUGUGGGGCAGGCUCCGAAGCCUCAGCCUGACUCAGAGUGCCUGAACCCUGCAGCGCCAGCCUCCCGUUUAUUGCAUAUUGCCCUUAACAUAGCAUUUCUAAUACCCUAGUGUGAGGGCACCCUAGACCCCUUUUCUCUGGUCACAGGGGUCCUGGAUCCCUUGAUGUCUCCCAAUCACAUGUAGCCAAUUUCUCACUCAGGCCCCCAGAGCGAGCCUUUGAAAUGGAGCAGGUCUAGGCUCUCUCUGGUUUCCUGCGCCCCAAAGUGAACCGCACUCUCAGGGGACUAGCCACCUCCUUCUUAAGAGGGUUUGGGGCAGUUUAUAAUAAAGGUGGUGUGUGCUCCACCCUAGCUAGGGUGAUUUUUU